CAUUAUUACAAUUCUUACCUAAUUUUUGUCUACUCAUUUUCUGUCUUUGUGGUCUCCUCCUCCUAUGUUUUCUCUCUUUCCUGAAGUUUGUAAGGUUUUUCUUACAUUUACAUGGUAACACCUCAAAAGGUUACUGUUGUUUUAUUAUGUUUAUUAUGCUUAUCCUUAACUUCAAACUUCUUUAACUAGCUUGGUACAUAUGAAUCAAUAUUUAUUAUUAUGAAUCAUGUACUCCUCUUGAUCUUCUUGUUUUGAAUGGACCCAGAAAAAUUUACAGUCUUUAUAACUUUGUUUUCAUAUUAUUUGCAUUUUCUUUUGACUCAAAUACAAAUAGUUGAGAUGGGUGUAGUGUAGUGAUUCUUUUGAUUUGAUUUGUGGUUUUGGCGUUUUGGGUAGUUGAGAAAAGUUGGGAAGGUAAAAAAAGUUGUCUUUUUUUUGGAAGUAAAAAGAUGGGAUCUUGUUACUCUAGAGGGAGGAGAAAUGAGAGUGGUGAAGUGGAGCAAAGUAAUGCCAUGUCAGCUUCUUCUCCUAAGAAGCAUAAGUGGAAGAAGAAAGCAGCUGGCGGCGGCGGCGGCGGUGGUGGUGAUGAAAGUUUGUUAAAUCAUAUUCCUGGUAGAAUGAUCAGCAAUGGUACUUCCAAAGCUGCUUGCUUGUAUACCCAACAAGGAAAAAAAGGGACUAAUCAAGAUGCCAUGCUUGUUUGGGAGAAUUUCAUCUCAAGGAGUGACACUGUUUUUUGUGGGGUGUUUGAUGGUCAUGGUCCAUAUGGUCACAUGGUAGCUAAGAAAGUCCGUGAUUCACUUCCGCUCAUGCUCUGCACUCAGUGGAACGACGGUUCUAAUGAUGAACAGAACAGUCUUCACAAGACUGAAAGCACUCCGGGAAGCACAAGUUCUGAGGAAACUGCAUCUGCAAGCGUGGGUGACGAGUCGCAUGACUCAGUGGAGGUUGACCAAAGUGAGAGAAUACCAGAGAUGUAUCUACCACUUAAAAAGUCUAUUGUGAAGGCUUUUAAGAUGAUGGAUAAGGAACUAAAGUUGCAUCCAACAAUUGAUUGCUACUGCAGCGGAACAACAGCUGUAACUUUAAUCAAGCAGGGGCAGGAUAUUAUAAUUGGAAAUAUCGGUGACUCGAGAGCAGUUUUAGCAACCAGAAAUGAGGAUGAUUCUUUGCAUGCUAUACAAUUGACAGUAGACUUGAAGCCUGAUCUGCCAAGAGAAGCUGCCAGGAUCCAACAAUGUAAAGGGAGAGUCUUUGCUUUAAAGGAUGAGCCAGAGGUUGCACGUGUAUGGUUGCCCAAUAAUGACUCUCCUGGCCUGGCAAUGGCUAGAGCUUUUGGGGACUUCUGUCUUAAGGAUUUUGGCUUAAUUUCUAUCCCAGAUAUUUAUCACCGCCGUCUCACCAAGAAGGACGAAUUCAUAAUUCUUGCAAGUGAUGGGGUUUGGGAUGUCCUAUCAAAUAAGGAAGCUGUCGAUAUUGUUGCCUCUGCUCCAAGUCGUGCAACGGCAGCCAGAGCUCUUGUAGACUGUGCAGUACGAGCAUGGAGGCUUAAGUAUCCUACUUCCAAGAAUGAUGAUUGUGCCGUUGUUUGCCUCUUUCCUGAACACACAGCUGAAGAAAACGGGGAGGUGGUAGAGUCGGAGGCUAAAAUGAUUCCCGAUGAGGCUGUGGAGAAUGUGGUGAAAGCCAAUGAAAAUGCUGGGGAGUUAGAAAACCAUGAUGAUCCUCAUCCUUAUGUUCUAAGUCAUUCAGAUACCUUGCGAGGCUCCGAGGAGAUUGUACCGAUCUCUGAGUUGACGGAGGAAAAACUUUCUAUAAAGUGUCACAGCCAAUCAAAGAGGAGUCUAGCCGAGUGUAUUUCAACUGCAGAUGAUGACGAGUGGUCAGCCUUAGAAGGCGUUACACGAGUUAAUAGUCUACUGAGCCUUCCUAGGCUGUUAUCUGGUGACAGAAGAUCAGCCAGUUGGAGGAAGUGGUUAUGACAUGUCCCAACAUGAUGGUUUCUUGAGCAACUGAAGCGAUGGAAUUCGUCGAUUCUGCGAAUGUAUGAAGAUUCCUGAUGUGAAAUGCAAGUGUACAGGUUCAUUAUAUGUAUCAGCACGCCAGUAUGUAUAAGGCUGGAGUUUUGAUGAGGUUCGGGUCUAUAUCCUACUGAAGAAAGUAGCCUCGGAGGAUUUUGUUGGUGAUGAUUUGAUGGCAUCGGCACAUGAAUUGUAUAUCGCUAAAAGAUCAAAUUUGUGCUUCGCGGACAUUAUUUUGUUUAUGUGUUCUUCAAUAAUGAAAUUUUGUCUCAAAAUAGCGUUAGAAAUCAAGAAUUAAUAUGUUCUCUGCAGUAACAGUUUUCUUUCGGAGCAUGAUAUUGGUAGAUUCAUGUAUUCAUAGAAUGUUUUAUAAUUUUCUGGGCAUUGAUGUCAGCACAAAGUAUCAGAUACAAAUAGUGAACUGAUAGAAUCUGUUAUUGUUUGAUUGUAUCAGAUACUUUUACCCCUUGACCUUUAAGUUAUUUAACCGGAUAUUAAACUCA